UUGAUCGAGGUUUCAUGCUCUAACAUUUGUGUGAUAUUUCAAUUAUUUUUUCCCCCUUCAUAAUUCUUACAUUUUUUUCCGUCUACAAAGUAAAGUAAAAUGUCAGCUACGUUAGCGACAUACCACGGUGGAGAUGGUGAUGGCAGGGAUCCCCCUGAUCCUUCUAGGGUACCGUCGUCUUGCGAAACAGUUCCACCUCCGGUCAGAAAGGGUCGUGGGGUUGCCGCAAACGCUAAUCUCGAAAAAAAAAAAAGAGAGAUGCUGGUAAGCCCUUGCCGGUGGAGGUAGAUCUUGAAACAGGCAAAGUUGUUGGCGCUGAAGCAAGCAAUUAUGUUCGAUUUCUUGGCCAACAAGUAAGCAUGUUGUGCCCGGGUGGUCAUCUUAAUUUUUCUGAUGUACCCCAACAAUACAAGGAUCAAGUGCUCAAUCGAAUUAGAUACUACUUUGAUAUCGAUGGGAAUCCCCAUCGAGACCUACUUAUGGGGACUUUAUAUUCGGUGAUGGCGGAGCGGUAUAGUGAGCGAAAGACACUCAGACACAAGCAUUUCAAACAACAUUACAAAAAACCAGAAGAUUGGGACACAGUUCUCAAAUUCCCUCCUGACUACUUGAAUACCGAGACUUGGAAACCGGUUUGCUAAUUGUUCGUUAGCGAGGCAUUUUUGAAUCGUUCAACUAAAAAUAAAUCGAAUCGGCAAUUAAUGAAAUAUCCAACAACGCAAGGCACAAAAUCGUUGGCGUCCAUACGCCACGGAAUGGGGGGUACUCCUGGAGAGCAUGUAGUUGACGCAUGGAAGGAGAUCCAUGUGAAAAAACCGUCUGGAACUUUCGUUAAUGAAUUAGCUGCAAAAGAUUAUGAGGAACUGAUCAAGGAGCUUGAUAGGAAGCGACUGGAACGACAAUCCCAGAGCGAUACUGGAACUGAAUCUGAAUCUGAUACUGGUUAUCAGUUUGACGUUAUGGAAACAGUUCUAGGCCAAAGAUCUGACUAUCAAAGAGGCGUGGGUAAAAGGCUCAAGGGCAAAGGAAAGAAACCAAUCCCUCAAACUCAAUCAACGGUGCCUCCCCAACCAACUACUGAAAUGAUGGGCACUGUGGCAGAUAUAUUCUCAGCUAUGCGUGCCACUUGGGGGGUAAUUUGACGCCUGAACAACGUGCCCAAAUAUUUAACCCACGCUUU